AUGGAUGUGACCGUGGGUGCGAUGCUCAAGACGAUCCAGUGCUUGAAGCAGGCGCCGUCCACGGACGAGCUGCGGCGCGAAGAAAAUAACUACGAUGCCCGUGCAAAAGCCACCGACGAGGAGCGUCUGAAGCUGCGCUUCAAGACCAUGCGCAUGAACAAGGUGUUUGUGACUUAUGAACUCGUCGCGGCCGCCGUCUCGUGCGAGUGUCUCGCGCUCGUCGAGUCGUGCGGGCGGUCCAAUCAGUGCGGGAUCAUACCCACGGACGACGAAAUCGCUGCGCCAGUGCCUCAAACUCCAGCCGUCGCGCGGAAGCAGAGUCUUCGAGACUUUGAAGUCAUUAGCCAAGAGGCAGGCGACAAGGUCAUCUUCCGCGCACUCGGAGAAAAGCGAAACCAUGACGUGGAAGAUGCGAGCACGCUGGAGCUCACAAGGUGGGACCGCGACGAGUGGUAG